AGCUGAGCUUUUGUGUUGAAGAAGUCGGAAGUGAGAAGAGGACGCUUGUGGUUUGGAGAGCUGUAUAAAACUGAAGUGUCAUCCCGCACCUGUGACAUGACAGCAGCCGUGUAGUGUCCUUCUCACACCUCAGAUCCACGGAUUAUCAGUUCUGAUUAAUCCAGAUCGCUGUGGCUGUGUUUUCUCCCUCCAGAGCGCGUUAUUCCUCGGCCGUAUAGACUGUCAUGAGAUCAGUCUGGGCAUGGCGUCCUUCCCGAGUUACUGUAAGACGGCGGGAGCAGCGGAGGAUGAGAACGGAGAACCGGACCGGUCCUUGCAGCACAUGCUGAAGGCCAUCGCAGACGAGCGAAACCGGCUGAAUGUUCGGCAGGAGAUCAGCGGGAUCGGGUGUUUUAAAGAUGACCGAAUUGUGUUCUGGACGUGGAUGUUCUCCACAUACUUCAUGGAGAAGUGGUCACCACGUCAGGACGACAUGCUGUUCUAUGUUCGACGCAAGCUCUCUUACGUCAGCGCUGAUAACACAGAAGGGAAGAAGGUGGAGGUCGAGGUGUACAGAAGGGACUCGAAAAAGCUGCCUGGACUGGGGGACCCUGACAUAGACUGGGAGGAGAGUGUAUACCUGAACCUCAUCUUACAAAAGCUGGACUACGUGGUCACAUGUGCUGUGUGUACACGCACAGAUGCAGGAGACAUCCACAUCCACAAAAAGAAGUCGCAGCAAGUGUUCGCUUCUCCCAGCAAGCACCCGAUGGACAGCAAGGGUGAGGAGUCCAAGAUGAGCUACCCGAACAUCUUCUUCAUGAUCGACAACUUUGAGGAGGUGUUCAGUGAUAUGACUGUUGGAGAAGGAGAGAUGGUGUGUGUGGAGCUGGUGGCCAGCGACAAGAGCACCACUUUCCAGGGAGUUAUCUUCCAGGGCUCCAUCCGCUACGAGGCUCUCAAAAAGGUUUACGAUAACCGGGUGAGUGUGGCUGCUAAAAUGGCCCAGCGCAUGUCCUUUGGCUUCUACAAAUACAACAACAUGGAGUUUGUGCGGAUGAAGGGCCCUCAGGGGAAAGGGCAUGCCGAGAUGGCUGUGAGUCGAGUGCCGACUGGAGACACGUCACCCUGCGGCACCGAGGAGGACCAGGACUCGCCGCUGCACGAGAGGGUGACGUCGUUCAGCACUCCCCCGACCCCCGAGAGAAACAGACCCUCCUUCUUCUCUCCCUCUCUGCGCCGCAAAGUGCCCCGAAACCGCAUAGCCGAGAUGAAGAAAUCCCACUCCGCCAACGACAGCGAGGAGUUCUUCAGGGACGAGGAUGAAGAAGACCUGUGUAACACCACAAACCUUCGCUCACGCUCUCUUUCGGGAACUGGACGCUCACUCGUGGGCUCCUGGCUGAAGCUGAACAGGACGGAGGACUACUUUCUGCUCUACUCACAUCUCACCUACAUCACUCUUCCUCUACACCGGAUAACUACAGAUAUUCUGGAGGUGAGACAAAAGCCUAUUCUGAUGAUCUAGCGGCUCCUGACUUCCUUAGAACUUGUGACUAAGUGCCUCUCCACAUCAGGCCCCUCAGACGACAGCGCCAUCUAGCAUCCAUACAGAGAACCAAAAAACCCCACCACUGACUAAAGGAGAGGAGAAGAAAAGAACUAAGGACUUAUUAAAAAACCAGCCAAUCAAGAAGUGCCUCUUCCACCUGUUUUCUGUGACAGUCUGUAUGUGGACACGAGCGCAACAGCCCAAGUGACUGAGCACCAUCUGAAAUGCCUCGUUCCAUCUGAUCGGCUCAGGCUCGGAAGGCAGGACUGGUUAACGUCCGACCUGCGAGCGAAAGGGAAACGUAUCAAAGAAAAAAAACAUGCAAAAGAAUGUCUCUGUUCCUUGUAAAUACACUGCUGCUUAGAAUACUCAGUGAAUCUACCAACCACGACCCUCUCAGCCUUGUGUAAACAGACUCUGCUGGGUCCUUCAAUGUUGUUGAUUUGUGCGUAGUGCUUUUUUCCAAAGGCAGCCCCAAACCUCCACCACCCCCCAAAACCCCCAAACCCCCAAACCCCCAAACCCCUCACCUCGCCUCAUCCCUAGGCCUUAACACCUCCUAACCAGCUAAUGUGACACCUAGACUCUGUUUUAUGGCCUACUCUCCAGCGCAGAGUCUGGAAUUGGAAAUGCUGGAUGUGUCUUAAGUUCAACCUUCUGGUUCACACAAAAAAAAAAGCCGCACAAUAGAUUUCUUUUCUUUUUUUUAAAAAAAAAAUGACAUGAUACAUUUGUUCAUUUGUAUGUUAGGAGGUCUUUGUAAUCAUUGUGAUAUUUAUUACUGGGUGUGAGGCGUUCAAGUGCAACAGAAUGAUGCUGAAGCUGAAAGGCCUUGAAGAGCAGGUUUCCCUGAGGACAACACAAUCGAUUUCUUGUGUUAUUCAGCAAACGCAGUUGAGCUGUUUGUACAUGUAAAGCUACUACAUUUCAGAAACACACCUGUACCUGUCCUACAGAAGCCCUGAAACGCAAGUUGUGGGGGAAAAAAGUUAAAGCACUGUGUCGUUACUUUGAUUUAAUAACUUGUUCUAAAACUUGUCAUAUGUUACGUCAUUAUUUUGACUCAAUAUCUUAUUUCAACAUAGUAUGUUGUUAUUUUAAAAUAUCUCAUUAUUUAGACUUAACUUAUUUUGAGCUAUCUUGUUAUUUCGACCAUACCUGAAGGUAUUUAAAUGAAUUAAUGAAUUAUACUGUAUGUGUCUGUAUGGCCUAUGUUUUGCAGCAUACAGAAAAAGAAUUACAAGCUAAUAUUUAUUAAAUUAGGCUUAUUGAUAUAUUGUAUGGUGUUAAAUAUUCCAUAUAUUAAAAUAUAGUGUUUAAAAAAAGUCAAAACAAGAUAUAUUGAAAUAAUGAUAAUAACUUGACAUAAUAUUAUUAAGUCAAAAUAAUGACAUAACAUCCUGAUAUAACAAGUUGAAUAAUGAAAUAAUAUCCUGCAAUAACACGUUAUUAAGUUGAAAUAAUGACAUAUCUCUUCAACUUUUCUUCAGUUUUUUCAGCUUGCAGUUCAGGACAUUGAUGCGAUUUGUUCUGUCUGGUCUGUUCAGUUCUAACCCGUGAAUGUUUGAAGGCUUUAGGGAUUCUUUAAACGUGAGCUGAAACUCUGCCCCUUUGUGUUCCUCCAGUUCUGUCUUUCCUUGUAAAGUGUUUGAGUAUUUAAAGGUCUGGUGGCUGUUGUCUUUCAACAGUCUGGUGGCUGUUGUCUUUCUGUUAAUUGAUUGGCUUUGAAAAUCACUGACAAUGAAGUGUUUAUGGAGGAAGUUAAGAACAAACCCGGAUUGUCAGUAUUAUGUUGGAUUUUGUGAGCUGAAUGUAUUCCUAGUGACUGCUUUAAAUAUGGGUUUAGUAACCAUUUGAUAUUUGAAAGGCAACCUGAUUUGUCUUUUUUUUUUUUUUUUUUUUUUUUUUAAAUACUUCAAAAUUCACUUCCUUUGUAUUUAUUUUCUUCUGGUAGGCUGUAGAAGCCCAUGUCAACCAAAUAGAAAGCUCUUUUCAAGAAGGUCUUGUGGUACAUACACAGUUCUUUAUUCACUUUAACCACGUUUUUGUAUUCAGUUUUUAAAAAACUACAUGUGCAUGUUUCUCCUAUAUUUAUGUUACACCGUUAAUAACUGUACAUUUUCUGUACCUCUUAUUGAAAUACAAAUUACAAAAAAAAUU